AUGGCCGGCCAUCCAUCCCUGGGCGGCGUCGCCCUAAUCUUCCUCGCCGGUUCUAUAGUAAUGAUCUUCUUCGUCAUCCUCUCCGGCGUGACAACGACUUCACCUCUCCAAGACACCUACUUCCUGCGAGCAGACACAGCUGGCAUCACCGGUGCGCGCGACACCUCGCAAUGGACCUACUUCCAUAUCUGCAGCCCCGGGAACGUCGACUGCACACGAGCGAGCCCUGCUAUGCCAUUUGGCCACGCUUGGGCGGACGAUGCCGAUAAUAUUCCAGACGGACUGGGCGGGAGCUUCGCGGGCAACACGACCUCCAAGUAUUACUUCUACAUGUGGCGCUUUGGCUGGGUCCUUUACCUGAUCGGGCUGUUCUUCGACGUGCUCGCCUUCUUCUCGGGCUUCCUCGCAUGUUGUGGCCGCCUGGGUGCCGCGAUCUCGGGACUGGUGUCAUUGGUUGCCCUCUUCUUCUACACCAUCGCCGUCUCGCUCAUGACAGCCACCUUUGUCAAGGCUCGAGACGCCUUCCUGGCUGACGGCCGCACCGCCACCAUCGGUCGCUACGCGUUCGGGUUUAGCUGGGGUGCGUGGGCUGCCUUGUUCAUCGGGACCGUCUUGUUCUUCCUGGGCACGCGUCACCGCGAUGGCGUCUCUUCCCGCCGCUUCGGAAGGAGCCGGAGCACUAGAAGCCAUCGCUCCCAUGACCUCGGCGGCAGGCGAGUCAAGGACGAUUACUCCUAA